AUGCAGCAAUAUGCAACGUGCCCAGCUGGUCAAGUAUACGCUGAUUGUUCCAAAUGGUCUUACCGUAGCUGUGGUGAUGUUUUUUCGUCGUAUGCGCAAAAUUUCAUUACAUCUUGCGAUGCCAGUUGCCGUUGUCCAGAAGGUCAAGCUUUCGACGCUAACAACAAUUGUAUUUCAGUCACAGAAUGCAAAACUAAUGCAUGUAUUUACAACGGUGUACAAUACGCUGCCGGAAGUAAAAUUGAAAAAGAUUGCAACACAUGUACAUGUGAUAAUGGUCAAUUUGCAUGCAGCAACAAGCAAUGCCCUGGAGAAUGUAAAGUUUGGGGCGACCUUCACUAUAAAACAUUUGAUGGAACGUUUUAUAACCACUUGGGCAAAGAAUCGUACCAUAUGUUGAAAGUGAAUGAUUCCCUUCAAGACGUUGAUGUUAUUACUCACCACGGACCUUGCUUGUGGGAGGGUGCUGAAGACUCAAUAUCGUGCGUGGCAAGAGCAACACUUAACGCAAAAUACUCUGGACAAUCGGUAUCAAUUGAUUUCAACACUGAUUCGCAAGCCAGUAUUGUGGUUAAUGGCGUCGAUAGAGCGUCGAAUCUUCCGCUCACACUUUUGAAUGGCCAUCUUCGUCUUCGCAGAGAGGACACAAACGUCGUAUCGGCUACAUUCUCAGAUAGGUUGAAAGUAACAUGUAAAUCAUGGAAAGCCAAUUUACUUUGGGUAACAAUCAAUGCACCUGUUUCUUAUGUCCGCCGAACCAGUGGAAUGUGCGGACUUUACGAUGGAGACCAAACAAAUGACUUGCAAACACCAGAAGGUUUAACUCAAAAUGCUACUAACGUUGGAAACUCAUGGUGCGUUAAAGAAGUGUGCAGUACAUCACAAUGGUCUGGUUCUCCAGUCGAUACUUGCGCAGAACAUCCAGAACGCAAGCAGAAGGCACUUGUAGCUUGUUCUUAUUUGAAGAACGAAAGCUUCUCUGGCUGCACCGCUAAUAUUUCGGCUUAUUAUGAUGCUUGUAUGUUAGACUUGUAUUCAGUUAGUAAUGAUGCACAAUUCGAAAUCAUAAAGAAUUCAGCAUACGCCGCAUAUGCAAGUGAAUGCACAUUUUCAAUUUCAGAUGUAAGGUGUCCAGCUGGUCAAGUGUAUGCCGAUUGCUCCAAAUGGUCUUAUCGCAGCUGUGGUGAUGUACUUUCAUUAGAUGCCCAAAACUUCAGCACAUCUUGCGCUGCCAGUUGCCGGUGCCCAGAAGGUCAAGCCUUUAACGCUUACAAUCAAUGUGUCGCAACCAAAGACUGCGGAAAUAAAACACAAAUGACAGUUCCUGUUCAAUGUCAAGGCGGUGAACAAACAUUCACCCAAGUCAUACUUCCAAACACAUGCCGCAUUGUCCAGUAAUGUGUGUCUACAACCAAACCAAAAUCAAGCACGAUAUUAAAUGAG